GUGAUCAGGAAAGAGGAAGCGAAACCAGAAACCGAGGGGCCGAGCUAUUUAAAAUAGCCUUCUGUACAGAACACUGAUACCAUGAGCUGAUACUAGAGCCUGCCCUGCUGUCAGCAGAGAGCUGGGGAAGUAAUAUCCAAGAGAAAUAUCAGGCAGAAAAAAUUGACAUGGACAUAUUUUUGUACAUGUAUUGUUGUUAUUAUUAUUUAAUUUGUAAAAAUCAGGCAGCAAGGAAAAUUGCAAGGAUAAAUAAUGAAUAGUGUAGAAAAGGCGGCGAUCUUCAAAUUCUUCAGGAAAUACAGAAUCAUCGGCCAUUGAAAAUAUUUAGUCUAAAUCAAUAUACGGGUUUAUAACGUAUUUUCCUUUUAAGUAAUACACAGUAAUAGAGAUAUUGCUAAAGGAAGAGUGGUUGGCGUUUCCUCCACGAGGACAGGCAUUUGUUUGUUAAAUUUAAAUUAACAAAACAGGUGCACAUUUUAUUUAUACGUACUUUUGUAAACGAAAAAAAAAAACCUGAAUAUAUGACGCCAGAACAUGUGUGGAAGUGUUUCCAUUAGUCAAAAUCGUCCUUAAAACAAACAGCUAGCUUGGGUAUAUUUUGCUACAACAAACUGUUCAAGCAAUCAGCAUUGGCGCCUCCAAGGAACAUUUUGGGAAUGUCAUCGGCAAUUGAGAGAAAAACCUUAGACACAACAGAGGAGCCCGUGGAUGAGGUGCUGCAGGUGCCCCCCUCCCUCCUGACCUGUGGGGGCUGCCAGCAAAGCAUUGGGGAGCGCUUCUUCUUGAAGGCCAUCGAGCAGUACUGGCACGAGGACUGUCUGAGCUGCGACCUGUGUGGUUGCCGGCUGGGUGAGGUGGGGCGCCGGCUCUACUACAAGCUGGGGAGGAAGCUGUGCCGCAGGGACUACCUCAGGUUGUUUGGUCAGGAUGGGCUGUGUGCGUCCUGUGACAAACGGAUCCGAGCAUUCGAGAUGACAAUGCGCGUGCGGGACAAGGUGUACCACCUAGAGUGCUUCAAGUGUGCCGCCUGUCAGAAGCACUUCUGCGUGGGGGACCGGUACAUCCUCAUCAACUCAGACAUCGUGUGUGAACAGGACAUCUUCGAGUGGACCAAACUCAAUGGCAUGCUCUAGACUGGCUCCAUGAGAACAGGCCUCGCAGUGAAUGAACUUCCUGUGUGGCUGCGGACUUCCGUCUCCGGGGAAACGUGCUCAUUUCCAAGCGUUUGGUUCUUGUAAACCGCAGUGCAGGAUGGAGGAAUUCCCUUGUGUUUUUGGUGGGGUAGUUACUAAGAAGGAAAAGAAUGGCAGCCUUUCUUACAAACAGAGGGACAUUUUCUUUGUUUUGAAGUUGGAUAUAGAAUGCAUAUUAUUCACUCUAUUACAAUGCAAUAAAAAAUGAAGGGAUUUUCCUGCCAAUCCCCCUUAUUAUAAAUUAUUCUAGAGGGAAGGAAGGAGAAUUCCUUAAUGAUUAAGAAAUGACUCCCAGCAGUUUGAUGCGUUCCACGUUUAGGUAAAGUUUAUAAACCAAGUUUCGGCUACACUGAUUGUCGGCCUGACUUAGUUUCUUACAGGUUUCAACUUAGAUUUUUAGUUAAGCGUCAUUGAAGUUAUGAUUUAAUAUUAGCUUAAUAUAAACUGAUUUAUAAAUGAUGAAUACAUUUGUUUUAUUUGGGGGGGCGGGGGGCUUAUAACAAAGGCCUCUUUAAUUAAACACAUUGCAUAGUCUAUAUAAUAUAACAGACUGCUAUGCAAUGGGCAUCUUAUUAAUCUCAAAGUAAAACCCGGAAUGGCUCAGACUGCUUUGCUCAGUCCCUCUUAUUCUCCAGCAGGCACGUUCCUCAUUGUAGCUAUUGUUUAACAGGCUCUGAAUGUUUCACAGCUGAAGGUUUUGUUUAAAGGGUGCUUUCAAGCACUGAUUGUAAUAAUAAAUAUUUUAGAAAAUAAAAGAUGAAUAAAUAUUUUA